GUCAUGUGACGCGCGGAGCCGGGCAGUGCCGUGUUGCCGUAGGGACGGGACGGGGCGGGGCAGUGCGGCUGGGAAGCUGCCGGCGCCGCGGAGCAGAGAGGAGAGGUUGUGAUGGGGUGCGCGGUUCUACUGUGGGGCUGGUUCCUGCUUGGCUAUAGCUGGGGCCCGGGUCCCUCCGGGGUCGGUGCCGCUGCGCUCUUGACGGGAGCCUACGUGCUGGACGAUGCUGGCGGGCUGGGCAGGCAGUUCGACGGAAUCGGGGCUAUCAGCGGCGGCGGGGCCACAUCUAGACUGCUGGUGAACUACCAAGAACCUUACCGCUCCCAGAUUUUAGAUUAUCUGUUCAAGCCAAAUUUUGGCGCUUCUUUACAUAUCCUCAAAGUAGAGAUUGGAGGUGAUGGACAGUCAACAGAUGGUACUGAACCAUCCCAUAUGCACUAUGAAAAUGAUGAGAACUACUUCCGGGGCUAUGAAUGGUGGCUGAUGAAAGAAGCUAAAAAGAGGAACCCCAAAAUUAAACUGAUUGGAUUACCUUGGACAUUUCCAGCAUGGAUAGGGAAGGGUGAAAACUGGCCCUAUGACUAUCCAGAUGUGACUGCUUACUAUGUCAUUUCUUGGAUAUUAGGAGCUAAACAGUAUCACAAUUUGGACAUUGAUUAUGUUGGGAUAUGGAAUGAAAGGGCAUUUAAUAGCAAGUAUAUUAAGCUGUUGAGAUACACAUUGGAUAAGCACGGUCUGCAGCAGGUGAGGAUCAUAGCCAGCGAUAGACUGUGGGAGCCCAUUUCCGUUGUCUUGCUGCUUGACUCCGAGCUCCACAGAGUGGUCGAUGUCAUUGGAGCUCACUAUCCUGGAACAAAAACAGUGCCAAAUGCCUUGUUAACUCAGAAGAAGCUCUGGUCUUCAGAAGAUUACAGUACUUUCAAUGAUGAAGUAGGUGCAGGCUGCUGGGCUCGGAUCUUGAACCAAAACUACGUCAACGGAAACAUGACCUCAACCAUUGCAUGGAACUUGGUGGCUAGUUAUUAUGAAGAGUUGCCCUUUGGUCGAUGUGCACUAAUGACAGCACAAGAGCCAUGGAGUGGCCACUACAAAGCAGAAGCUCCUAUCUGGAUUACAGCACACACAACACAAUUUACUCAGCCUGGCUGGUCAUACUUGCAAGUGGAUGGACACUUAGAAGGAGGUGGCAGUUUUGUGGCUCUGACAGACGGCCUAGGAAACCUUACCAUAAUCAUAGAAACUAUGACUCAUAAUCACUCUCAAUGUAUCAGGCCUCCGCUGCCUCGUUUCAGUGUGACACCUCAGAGGGCAACUUUCUCCCUCAAAGGGUCAUUUUGUAAGGUGGAAACUCUUCAAGUGUGGCAUUCCAGACUUGGUUUUGAAUCUGGAAACUCUAGUCUUUUCCAUCAACUCCAUCCUGUGAAGGUACGGAAGGGAAGUUUUUCAUUAGAUCUAAAUGUGGAUGAAGUCUACACUUUAACCACACUCAAGACAGGGCAAAAAUGUCAUUGCCAAGAACCUCCACCAUCUCAGCCCUUUCCUUCAAAUUACAAAGAUGAUUUCAAUAUUCGUAAUCCACCUUUCAGUGAAGCCCCAAAUUUUGCAGAUCAGACAGGAGUAUUUGAAUACUUCAUCAAUGCUUCUGACCCAGGAGAUCAUGUGUUCACGCUCCGCCAGGUGGUGGUUCAGCGACCCAUUACUUGGGCUUCUGACGCAGACCAGACCAUCAGUGUCAUAGGAAAUUUUCAGUGGGUAAACAUUACAGUCACUUGUGACAUCUACAUAGAAAAACCACGUGAUGGGGGCGUGUUUAUUGCAGGAAGAGUUGACAAUGGUGGGAUAUAUGUUCGACGUACCAAAGGUGUUUUCUUCUGGGUUUUUGCAGAUGGCACCUACCAAGUCACUGGUGACCUAGCUGGAGAAGAAAUAUUAAUGAAAGGACUUUCCGGCGUCCGGGAUAAUGCAUGGCACACCCUUACUCUCAACAUUCAGGGCACUUCUGCCUCAGGACUGCUAAAUGGUUACCCACUCUGGGAGAAUGUCACCAUUUCUAAACCAACUAAUGGCUGGGCUGCUAUUGGAACUCGCUCAUUUGAGUUUGCACAGUUUGACAACUUUCAUGUUGAAGCUAGCUGAGGUGGCUUCUGCAUUUGGAGAGCUCAGUUCUCAUAUUACUUUGAAUAAGUGCCAGUUCAAACUUUGAGGACAACUUAAUGUUAUGCUGAGAUUGAUCUGUUGGCAAGGAGUCUGAAUUCUGUCAUUAUUUGUUAAAGGUUUACUUGAGUGGGUAUCGACAUGACUGUAACUUUAUCCCCUGGUUGCUGUGGGAUUUUUCGGGUUAGAUUUUAGUUCAAGGUAACAAUGAAAACAAAACCAAUUGAUUUAAAUAUCUUUUAAUAACAUUUUAACUUCCCGGCUCACUUCUAAGAUAGCUUUAGAAGUUAACAGAGGACAGUGCCAUCUCAGGCUGCAUUUUUAACAGGAUUGUGUCCAUUCCUUUCACUCUGAAAGAAAGAACUAAGUGCCAGUAAGCCUUAUGAGACAGUUACCCCAUAUUUUCAUAGGUCUGUCAUUUUCAGAUUUCAUAUGGAUGAAGUACCUGGUUUGUUUCGUAUGUUUUUCUGCUACGUUACAGCACUCCAAGCGCAUUUGGUUACUUCUUCCAGCUUUCAUUGCCAGCCUUAAAAUAGCCUAUAUUUUCAGUGGAAUGGAAAUGUGCCUUAUGGCUGAGCAGGCAGUGCCAGAUGUGCCUUACUUCAAAACUACCUCCUCUUUCCAAGUAAAGGAUUGAAAUGGAUUCAAAGAUACCAUGACUUGCAGUUCAUUAAUGAUAGCCUUGUGGGGUUUUUUGCAUAGUGCAAAGAGUAUAAACUUUGCAUCUUGGAUGCUGGCAAGCAGAGUGCUUACUUUUGAGUCGAGACGCAUGUGGAAAAAUUGGCCUUUUGUUGUUAGAAACUUGGGAACCUUCUCUCACUUUUGAUGCAGGUAAAGCUUAGAGCAGAAAAUAGUUGAAGCACAACGAUGUUGUUUAGCUUAUUGUAUUACUGUAGAACAGAGGAGAUAUGGAUGCUAUAAUAUCCUAGUAUAGAAUAAAAUUUUUAAGUCUUUGCCCUUAAGAGCUUGCAAUCUAUUCAUAAGGUAAGAGAGACACAGACAGAAUUGCAUAGAGUGCCAGGCAGUGGUAUUGACACAAGUGUGUCUGUUUUUAAACUUUUCCUAGGCAUGACAGAGUAAAGUUGAAAGGGAAUUUCAGAUUGUUGAGAAAGAAGGGAUUCUAGGGAUUCUGUUUUUUUUUUUUUCUCCAAGUUAAUGUACUACAAAGAAAAUUCAUUGAGACUAUGAGGUACUGAAUGGGAUUUUUCACCCCACACAUUCCAAAUUCAGUUGGCUUAUGAAUUUUUCCUAUUUGUUCUUGGUCAAUGUGAAACAAGCCUAUGUCCAUCUACUUUUCACAUUCACAUCCUUUUUAAUUGAUAAGCAAAUAGUUCCACAGACUUGAGAGGGCACCAGUAGCUGAGUGCAGCUAUCUGUAGCAGGCAAUAUAUUUCAGAAACAGAUUUGCAGUAUACUUUGAUUUAUACAAAGUAUUAUUCUGAUCCACUUUAUUUUGAAAGCUGAUUCCAGUAAAUAUUAACUUCAGUCUUCGAAGUUGUCAUCUUAUAUAGAGUUAAUGUAAUACAAACCAUUACUGGACAACUUUUGUAAAGGUUAUCUUCCAAAUUAGCUUUUGGAGAAGACAUCUCCACAUUCCAUCUCUGAUACGUAAAAAUGUUUUAUCUUUUAGCAACUGUAUUGAUUGGUUAUGAAUAAUUUAUACAUGCAAGUUUUAUAUAUGCUAGUAACCUUGAAAAAUUGUCCAAAGCACUAAACUUUAAAACUGUUGUAGAGGGCUUCCACAUGUUAAGUAACUAUUUACUUAACUGGUUGAAAAACAAAAGCCAUUUUUUCACUUCAGUUUCACUUGGUGGUUGAAAUAUGGAUGCAAAUCUGUUCAUUACUUGUUUGAUUUCAGAAGGUCACUGGUAACUCUGGGUGUGAAGGAAUCCAAUUUUAGGUCCUCGUAUUCAAGUAAUAUGGAUAUAGGAGCAGUAAUUCUCAGAACAAUGUUUUCGCUGUGGUGGAUUUUACUACUACGAUACUUCAUGGAGACUUCCUGGUAGCUUGUGUGGCUGCAGGCAGCAUUUUUGUAAGGAGAUCAGCAGUGAUGCAGUUAUUCCAAAGGAGCUAUCCAGUUUUUUUACCUUUUAAUGCACUAGUGUAAUAAACUGUACUGUUAUAUUGUGUGCUAAACACAAUGAUUUUACCACUGGAAGCUUUGAUUUUUUUUUUUUUUUUUUUGAAUCUUAAUUUAUAAUGUUAGAGGAUUAAACUGUUAUGAACAGAGUGAUUUAAUGGUGAUAUAAUGUUAUUCAUCUUUAUAUGUCUGUAAUUAUUCACCCUUCAGCAGUCUGUAAUAUGUUUGGCAAUAACAAGCUGUCAGAUCUUUCAUUGAGGGGUGGAUUUAUGUUGUUGAUUAUAAAUACUAAUCAUUCCAAAUAGACAAAUAAAACACUUUAAAACCCUUUA